AUGUCAGAAUCAAAUCUUGAUCGUCUGAUCACGCUCUCGGAUCUACGAAACAACUUUUCCGCAAUCAAAAGCCUCACCAACACGACCUUUGCAAAAGAAUACAAAAACGACGAAUUAUUUUAUCAGAAUUUGCUGGAAACACAACAAAAAGAAAUUUUACCAAUUCUCCAGCAGUAUAGCAUGUCAAAUUUGUAUAGUGAGUGCAUACAUAGAACGUUGGAAAUUGGUGAUAAUGAUGGUGAGAAGGAAAUUUGUAUGAAAACAAUAUUGUUAAUAUAUGUGUACAUGUUGGAAAUUUCAAAAAGUGGAUACACUUGGAAUAUUCCAGAGUUUCGAUUGUUUAUUUAUUAUGUGGAAGAGAAGGCAUUAAAACAGUUCUUUGAUUGUUGUAAAAGAAUUUAUCAAUCAAAACAAGAAGCUGAGUUAGAAACUGGAGUGGAGAGUUUGGAAAAUUGGCAAUAUUUCAUAUUGCAUAUUUACAUUCGUAUACACAAUGAUAUUAUUACAAUCGAUAAUGGAAUUGAAGGAUUCACUGAAUGCCCUCCCUUCUGUGUCUUAUUGACACUUUCUAAAUACUUUUGUGAGAAGAGGGACAAAUUCGUCAAUGAAAAUCCUGGAAAAUUCUGGAAAAAGAGCAAAAUUGAAAGCUUUGUAUUGCACAACCACUUGUUGUUUUGGAAUAGAUUGAUUGAAGUAAUAUAUGAAAUUGAUAUUUCCUCCCACUCAUCAGAUGCUGUUUAUAGAGCAAAAUUGAAAACUACUGUCUUUGCUAAAGUUGUAAUGGACUGCUUUUAUAAUAUUGCAGACCUUAACUCCACAAAGAAGGAAGGGAAUUCAUUUCGUGUUGUUUUGUUGAUUAUAGCCAAAUUGUCUCACGUAUCUCCUCUCCACUAUGAUCUAUUAAUGAAGUUAAUGGCACAUGACUAUGAACAGAUCAAAAAUACCCCUGACUCGACUGUGCUUUCUGCCAAUGAUAUUUCGAAGUCUGGAGAGAUUGCCAACUCUAAAUACUGUGGAAAAUAUGCAUGGAUAAUUAAGCACAAAAUAUUGAGCAUAAUAAGUUCACUACUGAAUGAUGUUGCCGGACUAGGAACAAAUAUGCAAUUUGUUUCAGAUUAUUUUUAUUAUUUCAAUUUCAUUACUGAAAUGUUGAAAAAUGAAUCUGAAAUUGAAUCAGGAAGUUUAUUGGGACAGCAGGCAAUUAUUACUGCAAUUGAAACUAUUUCAUUGAAUGCCAAUUUAAAUAGAGAAGAGUGUACAGUGCUUUCAGAACAUGAAUCGAACGUAUUGAAUUACUGCAAGAAGUUGAUCUUCUCAAAAAAUAGAAGAUUAAGAAGACUGACUAAUACCUAUCUUGGUAAAUUCUUUGACAAAACUGAAUAUUGUUCUGAUGAUUUACUAAAAUCAAUUAUUCAGUCUCAUGAAUUGGUUACUGAUGAUGUCACUGAUUUUUGCGAGAUGCUACAGGGAGUAGCUAAAUGCUUUGGAAAUGAUCAUUCAAUUGUUGGAGAAUCAGUUUUGGAAAGCUUUGGAUCAUUAAUUUACAAAAUCUUUGAAAUAGUAUGUGUGGAUGAUAAAAAGAAAUAUUUGCAAGAUUCUAAAGAUAAAGGUGAAGAAGGAAUGAUGAAAAUUCAUAAGAGAAAUGUAGAAAAAGUAUUUGAGUUACUUGAAGAAACCUAUUCAUUAAUUCAAAAACAUAUCCAACUUGAAGUACUUCUUACAUAUAUGAAGAAAACAACAGAGGAACUGGUUGACAACGUUGGUGCUUUAGAUACAUCUAUUCUUCCAUUAUUUUCUCUAGUUCUUAAUGAAAUUUGUGUGUCAACCAAAACAGAUGAUUUAGUAGAAUCGUUUGAAAAGCUUGGAUAUUAUCAAUUCCUAAUUGAAUUCAUAGAAUUUUUCAUUAAUGAAGGAGAACAUUUUUCACUUAUUGAAGUUGGCCCAAUAUUCAUUCUCAUUGCAUGUCUGAGUGAUAUUCAACUAUUACACACCAAAUUUACAAUAGAUAUGGUUAGUGAACACAAAAUGCAUGGAAAACAAAGUAUUAGGAAUUUUGUUUACGAUUACCUCAUUCCAAUUAUUAUUAAGAGCUCCAAUUUACCAAUUGAUAUUCAUGAAUACAUCGGAGGGGAACGCUACUUUUGUUAUUUGGAUAAAAUUAGUGAAUCUUACUACGCAUGGAACAGAAUAAUGUUGAAUGAUAUUGCAUACACUGGACGAUGUCAGAUACUGCCUUCAAUUAUUGAUAGCUCAACAAAACGGAUAAGGGAAGAUCUCCAAACUCUAUUAGGUUUAGAAAAGCCAUUGACUGAAGAAGAUGCUUUGGAUGAAGCAAUAUCAAAUGCAGUUAUUACUUUGAUACUACUAAAUAGACACCAAAUAGAAAAGGUAGCUGAAAUUGUUAUGCAAUUCAUGCCAGUAAUAUACAAGGAUUCCUUUUAUGAAAUUAUGGUGCACAGAUAUGGAAGGGUUAAUAUUUUAAUCACAUUAAUGGAAAUAGUUGAAUACUCAAUGUAUAUUGGCAUUUUCAAAUUUAAUUAUUUAACAGAGGAGUGGAUAAUUGGUUUGCUUGAACAACCAAUGAACAAUAUCUAUUUAAGAGCAUUAAUUCAAAGAGUUUUUGCUCACAUUGAAAUUUCGAAUGCUUAUUAGAAAUGCAUCAAGGAAGUAUUAGAUUUUGUAAAAAAC